UGACAGGCAAUGGCACAAGUUAAGAUGCAGACUACAGCAAACCUGUCUGGACCCACCAUGUCCCCUAUGGUGCUACCCCUGCCAGUUACAACUACAAAUACACUGAGUCUGCCAUCCUCAAUGAAUGGAUCCAUUUCGGAAUCAGCUGCCAGCUGUAGCAGUCCUACUGCCAGCCUUGUGGAUCCCGCACCUUCUAACAACUCACCAGCUCCUCUCCAAGAUAACAUGGCAAACCCCAAAGAGAAAACUCCAAUGUGUCUGGUAAAUGAGUUAGCCCGUUUCAAUAGAAUUCAACCCCAGUAUAAGCUUCUGAAUGAAAGAGGGCCUGCUCAUGCCAAGAUGUUCACAGUGCAGCUGACUCUUGGAGAACAGACAUGGGAAGCUGAAGGAAGCAGUAUUAAAAAGGCCCAACAUGCUGCUGCUAGCAAAGCACUGAAUGAAACUACCCUUCCCAAACCAACGCCUAGACCACCCAAAAAUAACGUAAACAAUAAUCCAGGCAGUAUAACUCCAACUGUGGAGCUGAAUGGUCUGGCGAUGAAAAGAGGAGAGCCUGCCAUCUACAGGCCAUUGGAUCCAAAGCCAAUUCCCAAUUACAGAGCAAAUUAUAAUUUCCGGGGCAUGUACAAUCAGAGGUAUCAUUGCCCAGUGCCUAAAAUUUUCUAUGUCCAGUUAACUGUUGGCAACAGUGAGUUUUUUGGUGAAGGAAAGACUCGUCAAGCUGCUAGACAUAAUGCUGCAAUGAAGGCCCUUCAAGCUCUCCAGAAUGAACCUAUUCCAGAAAAAUUACCUCAGAAUGGAGAAACAGGAAAAGAAUCAGAAGAAGAUAAAGAUGCAAACAAGUCUGAGAUCAGUGUAGUGUUUGAAAUCGCUUUGAAGCGCAAUAUACCUGUCAGUUUUGAGGUGAUUAAAGAAAGUGGACCUCCGCACAUGAAGAGCUUUGUUACACGAGUUACAGUAGGAGAAUUCACUGCAGAAGGAGAAGGCAACAGUAAGAAACUCUCAAAGAAACGUGCUGCAAUGGCUGUCCUACAAGAACUUAAGAAACUUCCUCCUCUUCCUGUGAUUGAAAAGCCAAAACUUUACUUUAAAAAGCGUCCAAAAACAAUAUUGAAGACUGGACCAGAAUAUGGUCAAGGAAUGAAUCCCAUCAGUCGUUUGGCUCAGAUCCAACAGGCCAAAAAGGAGAAGGAACCAGAGUAUGUUCUUCUUUCAGAGAGAGGAAUGCCUCGCCGUCGAGAGUUUGUUAUGCAGGUAAAAGUAGGCAAUGAUAUUACUACUGGAACAGGCCCAAACAAGAAAAUAGCUAAAAGAAAUGCAGCAGAAGCAAUGUUGCUACAACUGGGUUACAAAGCCUCUACUCCUCUUCAAGACCAGCCAGAAAAGCUUGGAGAAAACAAGAGUUGGAAUGGUCAGAAUGUUGGGUUUUCUGAGCCAACGAAUAACACACCAAAGGGAAUACUCCAUCUCUCUCCUGAUGUUUAUCAAGAGAUGGAAGCAAGCCGCAACAAAUCAGCCCCUGGUACCACUGUAAGCUAUUUGUCAUCCAAAGAAAUGAGCCAGACUUCCAGCUCUUUCUUCAGCAUAUCUCCUACAACAAAUAGCACGGCUACGAUUGCCAGGGAACUUCUCAUGAAUGGAACGUCCCCAACUGCUGAAGCCAUAGGUCUAAAAGGAGUAUCUCCUGCUUCCCCCUGUUCUACAGUGCAGCCUUCAAAACAACUGGAGUAUUUGGCAAGGAUUCAAGGCUUUCAGCCCUUGCUCUGUGGCGGGAUGGAGAGGAGAAUUGGAGGCCCAAAAGGUAAAGAUCAAGGGCUGAGAUAAGAACAAUUUACUGGAAACAGCAAUGAGAUAAGAAAAUGAACAGUAAAAGCAACAAUACUAAUGACAGAGGGUGCAAGAAAUGAAGGAUUCACACGGAAAGCCCUGGACAAUAAACAACAUCCGACCACUUCCUCCACCAUGCUGCUCAACCGAAAGGGACCCUGUUUUCCCUGGAAGAGAAUCCCUUCUCCCCACCCCCAGCAAUGAUGUGAGGUGGUGUAGAAUAACUUCUGGGUCCUAACCAUGCCCCCUUCUAAGUACUACAAAAAUUAACCCUAUUCUGGCUGGGAUCAGGACAUUUGAAAACUAUGUUUUGCUCAGUAGUGAAAGUAGACCUGGUGUCAGAGCAAUGCAGAAUGUUUUUGCCAUCACAGUCAAUAUUAUAGAAUGUAAGAUGAACCAUACUGGGUCAGUACAUGAGUCCUUCAUCACUGAUAACCUGCACCCAGCAAUUUCUACAUUUCAUAGGACAGUGGCAGCCUCUGUAGUACAUCCAGUCAUUUCUGCGGUGUGGAAGAUGGGAAAAGGAAGCCUCUUCCCUAUCACAUUACAUGAAAAUUUAUAUGUGUAUAUGGGUAAUGGCUCAUUUUACUGUGUUGCACCAUCAGAGGAUAGGACAAGAUAUGUAGAAAUAUAUUUUUCCUGUCAUAGGUUUUUGGUUUGAGCUUUUGUUUUGUUUGGGUUUUUUUCCCUUUUCAGAAUUGUGUAUUUGUUUCAUUUGAAAGGUUGGUUUCAUAUGCUCUAGCAUAUGUAAUUUGAUCAUAUAACCAAAUUCUGGAAAUGGGAGGUUUCUGUUGGAAUUUUUGCAUGCCUGAUAAUGGAUUUUUUUGUAAUUUACAAAGUAUGCAUUAAUGGGAAUUGACUUAAAAGAGGCUGCUAGGAUUCAAGGAAUAGUGUCAGAUGUUCUGUUGGUAUAAGCAGCAUAGAUAUAUUACAUUUGCUUACGUCAGAUAUCCAACACGCUUGCAACAAACGUGGGUAGAGCCCUCCCCAAAUCUUCGUUCGCAAAGCCUAGCCAUGAUGAUGACAUCAGAUAUCAUCAGUUGUGGAUUUAACUUAAGACUGUUUCUGUCUAAAAUAUACAUUCAGCUUUUUUUUGGUCUUCAUUUUUGAAAUGUCAUUUUUGCUUCGUUAGUUUGAAUGUCUCUUAAUGAAACAAAUGGUAAAAACCUCAGCCUCACUGUAGUAGAGUUAAGCUGCUAAUAGGAAUUCAGUCUUCCUGAGUUCGAUUUGUUACCUGCCUGCAGUAGAAACAGAUGAAUUCUGAUGAAAAGAAGUUCAAUCCGUGGAGUUCUCACUGCUCACUUUCACAUCUUGUCAGAUUGCUUGUGUCUACUAGUAAUGCUUUAUUUUCAUAGAACCGAUGCACAAUUUAUGUUACUGUUUUGGUUCCUACUUGCCUACAGUAUGUGGUUAUUGUAAAAUGAUUAGUUGUGUUUGUCCUGGUUUUUUUCAUGCUUUGAUUCUAGAUGCUUAUGUAGAAAUUGUUUUUAAAGGGUCUUACCUUGAGCCAAAAAGUAUAAUCUGUUUCAUCCAUGAACUAGACUACUGCUUUUUACUUGGCCCUAAUACAAACCAAGGAAUUUGGUAAAGAAUCUCAAUUAUUAACAUCUAUCCACUGUGUAUGUAACUGAUGGUUUUACAUCAUCUUAGCAUGCUUUUUAACACCUUGCUUGAAUAAGCCUGGUUAUUGAUGCGAAACUGCUGCUGAUGGGUGGCUGAGCCGAGGUGGAGCAGUGAAUAGAAUCUCUGUGGGAAGUGGCUCAGUGGCCUGUCAGGUGCACAACACAGGUCUCUUCACCAUUUCAACCUAGAAAGCUCUUUGUCUUUAAGAGUUUAAAAGCCAAUUUCUUUGCAAGCUAAAUUUCUCAGGCUUAUUUACUAAGUAGAUAACUACUGCAUUUGCAAACAGCUAGCUUGUUUCAUGUUUCCUGAAUGACCCAAAAUGAUUUUUAAAUUGUUAGCAUGUAUUUGUAUUCUGGUCCAGAUGAUAACCGUAGUUUUGUCUUUCAUUGAAGAACGUAUACAUUCUGUUCUGUUACAAUGUAUUUUUUGAAUUUUUUAAAAAAAUCAAUAAAUACUCAUAUGAUGUUUCA